UCAACUAGUAUCAAUUUAGGAAUGCAGUAUGGUAACUCUUUAAAAACUAAUUUGAGUUCAAAAAAUUAAUUUCCUUACAUACCCAAAUAUUAUCGGGUAAAAAAAAAAGAAAUGAAAAUCUAAAACCCCGAUUUUCAUCUAGCCGAAGUGCUAAACCCUAGCGAGCCAUCGCCUGAACUCAAAAAAAAAAAAAAACAGCGCCAAGUUUUCAAUGGCUCAUCGACGGUGCCUCCACUCAGCUCUCCUCCACGGCACGGCUCUCAUUUCUUUGAAAAAGUCUCCGCCACUCUCCAUCGUCAAUGCCUUAACCCCGAAACCAAAUCCGGUGAUAACGACUUCCAAUUUGGAACCCUCAUGGUUUACCCCCUGGUCCUACGUUCGUCACUUCUCAUCCAGAAAAAGCGACGACAGCGAAAACGAAGCCGAGAUGGAAGAUAGCAGCGAUGUAGAAGAGGAGAGCGACGAGAUGGCGUCGGAUAUGGUUAGAGACUACUCACCUGGGGAGAAGGAAGCUGAGGCCGCCGCUAUUGGAUACAAAGUGGUGGGGCCGCUCCAGCGGUCCGACCGGGUAUUCAAAGACUAUGAGCCAGUUUUCGCAGUGGUUCAGAUUGGAUCACAUCAGUUUAAGGUGAGCAACGGGGAUUCAAUUUUCAUGGAGAGGUUGAAAUUCUGCGAAGUUAAUGACAAGUUGAUAUUGAACAAGGUUCUCUUACUGGGAUCACCUACACAAACAAUUAUCGGUAGGCCUAUACUCCCAGAUGCAGCUGUUCAUGCCGUUGUCGAGGAGCAUGCAUUAGAUGCUAAGGUGAUUAUUUUUAAGAAAAAGAGACGAAAGAAUUACCGUCGAACCAAAGGACAUCGACAGGAACUGACUAAGUUGAGAAUAACGUAUAUACAAGGAAUUGAAAAACCAGAAAUCAAAACUGAUGGGAAGCCACUAAAGGCAGCUGAUAAGAAGCCAGAGAAGAUUGCUGCUAUAGCUCAAGAGAGAUUUUCUCCCCAUGGCUUUGUUUUGCAAAAUAAUGGCUGCUUGUGUUGAGUCUCGAGGACCAACAGCUAUCUGUGUAAAGCUUUUGGAUAAAGCUCUCAUAAAGAGAUUCUUUUGAAUAGGCGAAUGAGGCAGGUGACGGAAGAGAUUGAGAUCAAGGGUGUGCCACUUAAUUACACUUCUGCUUUCAUGUUCUAUUACAUUGUUAACCGGAUUGCUAGUUUCUUUUUUGAAUGGUGUUUCUGAGGUGUUUCGCUUGAAGACAUGUCUUAGGGUAUUUUGGAACAUAUGGAUAGAGAGAGUGACUGAGCAUCCUUCUUCAUCCUAUGUUCUUAUCCGUAUGCAUAGUUGACUCCACUGAUUCAAUGGAAGUAGCCCAACAACCGUAUUCAUAUUCCAUUUAUGGUUGACUUAAAGUCUUAUAGUUUUGAUUAGGAUCAUGAAAAACCUUCACUUCGUAAAUUUCUACACUACCAAGUCCAUUUGUGACUUAAAGAUAUCUCUAAGGG